AUGCUUCCUUUUAAGUUCUGCGCCAAGAACCCACCCCCUAUGUACAUCACCCUCUACUACCUCGUCACCCGGCUCCCUGACUCCCUUCGCUCGGUCAGGGACCACUCCCUCUCCCUUUGCCCCACCGCGCUCACCGUUGACCUCCUCGAGGAGCGCCUCCUUGCAGCUGAGAAGAGUAUAGUCGCUGUAGGAGCCUCUCGUGGUGUCCCUCGUGCCCCUUUCUUUGAGGGGUGCUCCCCCGUCCCCCUUUUGCCCUCUGUUGCCUCUACUGCUGCUGUCGACCUCGCUGGCACCUGUUACAUCAUGGAUAAAUAUGAGCUACGUUGGGGUAGGGUGUUUAGUCGCCGGGAGGAGGAACGAGCACGAGGUGAGCCGUCACAUGAGCGCGGGCGAUCUCUGGAGCGCUCGCCGCGAAGGCCGGCAUUUCGCGCAGAUAGAGUCCCCGUCGCUGGGGACCGACGGGCGGAAGGGAGGCCUAGCGUGGCAGUGGGUGGAGAAGGAUACGCCGCAAGCGUGGACGGAGACGUGUGGCGAAGAGGGCAUGAUCGCGGAGAUGGAUACGGGAGCGGAGACCGACGCACUGUGGGAGUGUUCCGCUCGCCGGAAGAGCGCGGGCGCCGCCGUGAUGAGAGGGGCCGUUGGCAGGGCGUCGAGCGAUUCGACGCCAACCAAGGAGGGGAGGCCGCAGAAAAGGAAGAAGCGUGGGAGACGUCCGGCGAGGAAGAGGCAGAGGAGGACGCAGCGAACAUGGAACGGGCGGUCGAAGACGCCAACGGAGAAGAUGACGGCGAGGAACCCGCGGCUGGGCUCGGAAGCGCCGAGCCUGAAGAGGCGGACGUUGCCGGGGGCGCAAGCCAGGCAGGGGCGGAAGGAUCGCGGUCGGGACGGUCGGAAUCACGCGGCCGCGACGCAAGCCGCCAGGAGGAGCAUUACGCGGAGAGGUUGCGUCAGCAGGAGCGGCGGGACUGGGGCGUGCAUGCCGGCGCUGUGGGGACGCAAGGAGAACGCGGCAAAAGGGAGGAAGAGGGACCGCGCGCGUCAAGGGAAGGAUCGCGGCGCUGGGAGCGGCCUUCUGUUAACCCUCGCGCACUCGACUGGCGCCAGGCACAAGGGGGCUGGGGCGAAGACGACGCACGAUCGCCGGACAGGCAGCUGAUGCACAAGGGAGGAUGGGAGGGCGAGCCACGCGCAGCCAGCCACCACUGGCAGUGGGAAGAAGGACACGAGGAGGGGCCCAGCUCAUCAAAGAGGCGCGGCCAGCGGCAAGAGGGGCGCGGCGGGGAGGCACGGACGUCUGGCCCGCAAGCGCAAUGGGAGAGGAGGGUGAGCGGCGGAUUCCGCUCGCCUCUCGUCCGGCAGCAGCGGGGAAGAGAAGGCGGCGGAGACAGGCGCUCGCCCGGAGAUCGACGGCAGCAAGGAAGGGGAGAAGCAUGGGAACCGUCGCCAGAGAGGCAGCGGCAGCGAGAGACGAGCACGGCGAGGUGGAGAGAGACAUGA